AUGGCAGUUCGGAGGAGGCGGCCUUCUGUCCCAAGAGCUGACUACGAGACGGGAAGAUUACCGACUUUCGAGAAGAGACGGAGAGCCUGGCGUGCAAAGAAGUAUGUUUGGAGGAAGAGACACGGUGCGUGGGGAUGUCUGGCGAUUGUGGGCUUCGUAGUUGGUUGUGUGCACAUCGUCAAUGUCGGCCUGGGAUACCUUCCCCUGAUCCACGAUGAUCCUGCCGCCGCUGCCUUGGACUGGAGCCAGCCCAACCAAGCGUCCACAGAUAUGGCAUCAUAUCUUCUGGACGUUACCAAGGACGUGACUCCCAUCCCCUGCCACUCCCACAACGACUAUUGGCGCCGUGUCCCCCUCUACGAUGCCCUGCGCUGGGGCUGCACUGGCGUAGAAGCCGACGUGUGGCUGUUCGACGAAGACCUCUUCGUGGGCCACAGCACGCAGUCACUCACUAAGAACCACACCUUCACGUCCAUGUACGUAGACCCGCUCGUUAAGAUGCUGGACUCGAAGAACAAAAACACAACCUUCCUCCCCCCCUCGGAACUAAACUCCACCGCCAAGCUCGGCGUCUUCGACACCGCGCCCCAGCAGACUCUCGUCCUGCUCGUCGACUUCAAGAACGACGGCUCCCAGAUCUGGCCCUACGUGUCGUCCCAACUCGCCACGCUGCGCGAGAAGGGCUACCUGACAUACUACGACGGCGCCGCCAUACACGAAGGUCCCAUCACUGUCGUGGCGACAGGAAACGCACCCUUCAGCCUCGUCGUCGCAAACUCAACCUACCGCGACAUCUUCUUUGACGCGCCGCUCGACCGCUUAUACGUCGAGCCGUCCUCUUCGGACGCCGCCACGGUGAGCACGUCGGGCCAGGGCACCGUCGGCACGACGCCUGGGAGCCACUUCGAUUCCACAAACUCAUUCUACGCGAGCACAAACUUCCAGGCAUCCAUCGGCAGGAUCUGGUGGGGCCGCAUCAGCGGGCGUCAGCGCGAGCUGAUACGCGGCCAGAUCAAGGGCGCGCAUGAGCGCGGGCUCAAGGCGCGGUAUUGGGGCGCGCCCAAGUGGCCCAUUGCGCUGCGGAACCGCGUCUGGUGGGACCUGGUCGGUUUGGGUGUCGACUAUCUCAACGGAGAUGAUCUGGUGGGCAUGACGCGGUUCGAUUGGAGCGUGCGCCGGCACUGGAGUUGGUUGAGGUAG